AUCCAGUAUCCACUUGAUCGCAAGAGUUUCAGAUAGAGGCUGGUUUAUGGGAAUGUUCUUAUCUGGACAUGCACCUAUACCGACAUCAUGAGAGAACAAUUAAAAAAAGUUCGAACUAAGGUCGGAUCUUGUACGCGUCACCACAUUCCUCUGAACUCUAGGGCUCUAGAUGUCUGUGUAACUAUCUCUGUGUGUAUGUAUGUGUGUGUAAGGUAAAAGAUAUAACGUAUAAGAUAUAGGAUAUAGGAUAGAAGAUAAAAGAUAUAAGAUGAUAGAAUUCCCUAAAUCUUACAUGGCUACAAUUUGAAUGAAUCUUGCUUAAUAGUAUUUCGCAUUCGACAUGUUUUCGCCAUUACUUCUUCUCACUUAUUCCUCCCUCUUUCUUCCCGCAAUAUGCAAUCCCAUUAACAAAAGCAACGGCCUUGUUAUCAAAACAAGCAGUGGUGAUGUUCAUGGCUUCAUUAACCAAACAGCACCACAAGUCCUACAGUUCUUAGGAAUUCCGUAUGCAGAGCCUCCAGUUGGAGACCUCAGAUUCGCAGCACCACAAACUAAAGCUAAAGGAUCCUCCAUAAACGCUACAGCGUUCCCCCCUUCUUGCCUUCAAGGGUCUAGCCCUACCGCAAAUGUUUACACAGAUAUUGUACCGCAGUUCCUGAUUGAGGGAGGGCAGAGUGAAGAUUGCUUGUAUUUGAGUAUUUGGACUCCAGCAAACCCGACGAAUAAAACUCUGCCUGUUUUAAUAUUUAUACCUGGAGGUGGCUAUGCCGGUGGUGGAGAGGAUAUACCUUAUCAUAAUCCAGAUCUAUGGGUUCAAAAAACUCAAUCCCAUAUUGUGGUCUUGCUGAAGUAGGUUCUGCGCGACCGUCUUCCGUUUUUGGUGGACGACAUGUGCUGACUAGACUUCAAAGUUAUCGCUUAAACGUUUUCGGGUUUCCAAACGCAAAGGCUAUCACGGAGAAUCAAAAUCCAGGAUUACUUGAUCAGAGAAAAGCGUAUGUUUCUUGCUACUCUCUUCGGCUUCAUGAAAAUAUCUAACGAUCCGCUAGCGUCGAAUGGGUUCACCGGAAUAUUGCCUCCUUCAACGGCGACACCAAUCGCAUAAUUCUUUGGGGCCAAUCUGCUGGCGGUGCAUCCGUAGAUAACUAUAAUUAUGCUUACCCUCAAGACCCAAUAGUAAAAGGUUUAAUAAUUAAUUCCGGCUCCGCAUUUCUCCUCGACACUACCGAUGCUUCUCAAACAAAUUUCACAGCUUUAGCUGGAAUGGUCGGAUGUAAGGAUCUUGCACCAGAACCGGAACUAGCGUGCAUGAGAAAUGUUCCGGCAAAUACAAUUGAGAGUACUUUGAAUGAGUACCAGCAGAGUGGAGCUAGCCCAAGUCUUGGAUUUACGCCUGUCCCGGAUAAUGUCACUGCAUUUUCAAAUCCUGCUGAUAGGGCAAAGAGAGGACUUGUUGCAAAACUGGUGCGUUCAUCUUUUUUGGCUUUCUGGUAUUUGAUGAGACAAAGCUAAUGAUUGAUGUGGUUCAAAUAGCCAGUAAUUAUAGGAUCCCUUACAAAUGAAGGGGCUGGCUUUCUUCCAGUUUCGGAAAAUGGACCCGGUGAAGCGGCUCUAUAUGCGGCAACACAAAACAUAAUCGCGUGUCCUGUUGCCCAAGAAAUUAGGUAUGAUGCUUCGUCUCGCCUCUUAAACAUACGUAAAGAUUUCCUAACUAAGAACUAUAAAAAGAUCGAGAGUAAAUACGAAUCUAACAACAUACCGAUACCAAUACGCCGGUAAUUUCUCAAAUAUCUCUCCUUUACCAUGGAUGGGCGCUUAUCACAGCUGUAUGCUUCUCUCUCCUCUCCUCUUCCACUUUUUCUCAAAAUUAUCGCAUUCGCAUUUUCUCCAACACAAUUAACACAAAAUAGCCGAGCUCCCCAUGUUCUUCGAUACCCACUACUUAUAUCGCGGCAAUUCCACCUCCCACGAAUACGAAGUCGCAGAUACGAUGCAAGCACUCGUGCUAUCUUUUGCAAACAAUCCACAAGUAGCUCCCUCAGUUGGUGAUUUAAUAUGGCCGCUGUAUGAGACUGGAAAGAACACUAUGUUGCUGUUGGCGGAGGGAAAUAAGAAGACGCAGUUAGUAAGUGGGGAGAGAAUUGAUGGGAAUUGUACGUUUUGAAGUUUUAGUGAGAGGUAGGGGUGGAAGUGAAAGGAAGAUCUAAGGGAGUGGAUGAAAAGCAGCGAGGUAAUGAUAUUGAAAGUAUCUUGACGUUCAAAUUUGUAGAAUUGAUAAUUUUUUAUAAUACAUAGGGAUUUCAAUAAACCAGAGUGGUAGAGCAGAUCAGAUAUCUAUGACCUUAGAAAUUUCAUCAUAGCAUCUAUUAUCUUUGCCUUCACCGAAUCAUCCAGUUGAUCUUCCGCUAAAACAACAACAGUUUAGUAUAAAUACAUCGGAUAUUCUACUUCCUCUUGAUCUUCUUCUGGAAAAAGUUGAUGAAAAAACUUCUCAACGAUUCUAUCCAUAUAUACAGGACUCGAUGAUACAAUCU